GUCGUGCGCUUUUACAUGGGCCACGGUAAGCGGCAGCUCGUGCAUGGUGUGGCGUUGAGUGAAAGCUCGGCGCGCGGCGAUGUUUCUCCUCACUGUGGGUCUGUUCUAAAGGGGGCUACUCUUUUCCUUCCACGGAACUCUGGCUUCUCAUCGUCUUCCCAGCUGAAAUUUGUGAGAAGGAGGUAACAGCUGCAUCAUCACUUCAUAUCCCACACAAGCUUCAGUCAGCGUCAGAACCAUGGCUUCUAAACCACACCCUCCUCUGAUGAAGAAACACAGUCAGACGGAUUUGAUAAGCCGCCUGAAGAGCCGGAAGAUUCUUGGAGUUGGCGGAGAAGAUGACGAUGGUGAAGUUCACCGAUCCAAGAUCAGUCAGAUGCUCGGGAAUGAGAUGAAGUUUGCGGUUCGAGAGCCAAUCGGGCUGAGGAUGUGGCUGCUCAUCUCAGCUGUGGGUUUCACUGUGGUCGCCUUAAUGGCCCUGAUGUUUCCUAACCAGCUUUAUGAGGUUGUGUUUGAGGAGGAGCUCUCCACAACAAGUCUCUCUGUCCGGCUCUAUGGAGGAGCACUGUUAAGUUUGGCCCUCAUCCUGUGGAAUGGUCUCUACACAGCAGAGAAGAUUGUCAUCCAGUGGACUCUUUUGAGUGAAGCUUGCUACUUUGCAAUCCAAUUUCUUGUGACAUCCAUCACCUUAAUAGAGAUUGGCAUGCUGCCCCAUGCUGCCAUGCUGCUGCUCCUCAGCCGAGUACUCUUCCUGGUGGUCACCAUGGCGUACUACUACCACCUGGGUCGCAAGCCCAAGAAGGUCUGAGCUUGACUGCAGCGGUUUUUUUGUUCCCCCCCCCCCCACAAGGAGAGGACAGCCGAGCACCGAUCACAAAGCUGCGGCAAGAAGGUUUGGAUUGUUGUUUGAAUUGGAGCUGGGAGCGUUAUUUUUGCCAGUGGAUGCACGCUCCACCCCUCCAUCCACGGGACCUAGCUUAGUAUCACCCUGCCAAUAGAACUUUACAGACUCUAUACGGAAACUCAAGACCUCAUGGUAUGAAUGAUGUUGUGAGGUCCGACACAAAUCCCGCGUUUUGAGUGCUGUUGUUGUAAAAAAAUUCUAUGAUAUUGUAUUGUUGUGUUCCUUUGUUUCAGGUAUGUACUGUACACAGACGUCUCUCACGCUGUUGUACACAGGCCGAACAUUUGGACACACCUUUUUAUUCACAACACCACCGAUGGUCCCAACCCCAUUGAUAAAGCCAGACAUUCCACCAAUCAACCCUGAUAAGGCACACCUGUGAAGUGAAAACCAUUUCAGGUGACUACCUCUUGAAGCUCAUGGAGAGAAUGCCAAGAGUGUGCAAAGCAGUAAUCAGAGCAAAGGGGGGCUACUUUGAAGAAACUAGAAUAUGAAACAAGGUUGAUUGGCAACACUAAAUUGGCCCUAGUGUGUGAAUGUUGUCUGUCUAUAUAUGUUGGCCCUGCGUUGAGGUGGCAACUUGUCCAGGGUGUACACCGCCUUCCGCCCGAAUGCAGCUGAGAUAGGCUCCAGCACCCCCCGCGACCCGGAAAGGGACAAGCGGUAGAAAAUGGAUGGAUGGAUAGAAUAUAAAACAUGUUUUCAGUUAUUUCACCUUGUUUUGUUAACUCCACAUGUGUUCAUUCAUAGUUUUGAUGUGACAAUCUACAAUGUAAAUAGUCAAGAAAAUAAAGAAAACACAUUGAAUGAGGAGAAGGUGUGUCCAAACGUUUGGCCUGUACUGUACAUUUACAUUUGUAAACGCUACAUCUUGACACCGCCUCACAUGCACUUAAGGACCAAGAGUGUGUGCUGUAAUUUUAUUGUGGCGUGUAUUUAUGUUUGCCAAAGCCAACUGGUUAGCACACUGGAGGUUAUAGCAUACAAAUAAGUGACAAGUGUUUAAUGUUGAUGUCUUUCAAAAAUAGCACAUUUAAAGGCCUACUGAUUUUUUAUUUAAACGGGUAUAGCAGAUCUAUUCUAUGUGUCAUACUUGAUCAUUUCGCGAUAUUGCCAUAUUUUUGCUGAAAGGAUUUAGUAUAGAACAACGACGAUAAAGAUCGCAACUUUUGGUAUCUGAUAAAAAAAAAAAGGCUUGCACCUACCGGAAGUAGCGUGACGUAGUCGGGUGAACAUAUACGCAAAGUUCUCUAUUGUUUACAAUGAUGGCCGCAUGAAGUGAGAGAGAUUCGGACCGAGAAAGCGACAAUUUCCCCAUUAAUUUGAGCGAGGAUGAAAGAUUUGUGGAUGAGUAAAGUGCAAGUGAAGGACUAGUGGGGAGUUGAAGCUAUUCAGAUAGGGAAGAUGCUGUGAGAGCCGGGGGUGACCUGAUAUUCAGCUGGGAAUGACUACAACAGUAAAUAAACACAAGACAUAUAUAUACUCUAUUAGCCACAACACAACCAGGCUUAUAUUUAAUAUGCCACAAAUUAAUCCCGCAUAAAAACACCUAGGUGUUUGUUAUGCUAGCUACUAGCUCGAGCUAGUUAUAGCUCGAGCGGGUUAUAUGUCCAUAUGAGCGGGUUAUAUGUCCAUAGAACACGCCAAUACAAUUCAAACACCUGAUCAACACACACAAUCACUCAGCCCAAAGGACCGUUCACCUAACCCAAGGUUCAUAAAGCUUAUAUAUUUUUAAAAAGUUACGUACGUGACGCGCACGUACUGGCAAGCGAUCAAAUGUUUGGAAGCGCGUGGGUGGGACCUGAUAUUCAGCUGGGAAUGACUACAACAGUAAAUAAACACAAGACAUAAAAAUACUCUAUUAGCCACAACACCACCAGGCUUAUAUUUAAUAUGCCACAAAUUAAACCCGCAUAAAAACACCUAGGUGUUUGUUAUGCUAGCUCCUAGCUCCUAGCUACUAGCUCGAGCUAGUUAUAGCAAGCGAUCAAAUGUUUGGAAGCGUACUCACGGUAUCGCGUCUGCGUCUGUGUAUCCAAAUCAAAGUCCUCCUGGUAAGAGUCUCGGUUGUCCGAGUUCUUCGAUCUUGACUGCAUCUUUCGGGAAUGUAAACAAUGAAACACCGACUGUGUUGUGUUACUGACUUCCCUCGCAAAAUACUCCGCUUCGCACCGACAACUUUCUUCUUUGCUUGCUCAGCUUCUUUUUCCACAAUGCAAUGAACCUAAUUGCAACAGAUUCACCAACACAGAUGUCCAGAAUACUGUGGAAUAAUGAGAUGAAAACAGAGCUAUUUGGUAUUGGCUUCAAUGGGGGAGCCAUACCUCUGUUUCACCGGCUACGUCACGCGCAUACGGCAUCCUCCAAAGGAAUUUUCAAGCGGAAGUUUAGCGGGAAAUUUAAAAUGUCACUUUAUAAGUUAACCCGGCCGUAUUGGCAUGUGUUGCAAUGUUAAGAUUUCAUCAUUGAUAUAUAAACUAUCAGACUGCGUGGUCGCUAGUAGUGGCUUUCAGUAGGCCUUUAAACUGCCCAACAAUUUUCAUUCCAUGUAUUAUUCAAUGCAACCAAAGCGAACGCUCGAUGUUUUGUACAGUAUUUUGUUUUUCAGCAUGGUAGUUUUGGCCUUCAGUGGUAAAAGCCGGUCCUCGUUUUGCGCGAACACAACUAUACUGGUUCUUUAUGAGUGAUGUUGCAGUUUUUCUAUAACGCCAUGUGUGUCGUCUUGCCUUAACAAAAGUUUCUAACAGUCGCCAACACUGCAUAUUGAUGCUUUUAGGAUGUUCAUAAAAGUGCACAUGGUGUUCUUGCGCACAAGGUGUUCAGUAUUAGGUCAAGCGGGUUUUUUUUCUCCAGUGUGAUUUUGUACCUACUUAAGCAACUCUUUCGUGUUUUAAUGUCAUGCAUGUACAAAACUCAAAACCAGUGAAGUUGGCACAUUGUGUAAAUGGUAAAUAAUAACAGAAUACAAUGAUUGGCAAAUCCUCUUCAACUUAUAUUCAAUUGAAUAGACUGCAAAGACAAGAUAUUUAAUGAGUUAGGGUUAGGGUUUACCCUUAACCUUAUUUUUUGGGGGCAAAUAAUCAUUAACUUAGAAUUUAAUGGCAGCAACACAUUGCAAAAAAGUUGUCACAGGGGCAUGUUCACCACUGUGUUACAUGGCCUUUCCUUUUAACAACACUCAGUAAAUGUUUGGAAACUGAGGAGAUCAAUUUUUGAAGCUUCUCAGGUGGAAUUCUUUCCCAUUCUUGCUUGAUUUACAGCUUAAGUUGUUCAACAGUCCGGGGGUCUCCCUUCUGCUAUUUUAGGCUUCGUAUUGCACCACACAUUUUCAAUGGGAGACAUGUCUGGACUACAAGCAGGCCAGUCUAGUACCCACACUCUUUUAAUCUUUUUUUUUUAAUGAAGCCACGCUGUUGUAACACGUGGCUUGGCAUUGUCUUGCUAAAAUAAGCAGGGGCGUCCAUGGUAACGUUGCUUGGAUGGCAACAUAUGUUGCUCCAAAAGCUGUAUGUACCUUUCAGCAUUAAUGGUGCCUUCACAGAUGUGUAAGUUACCCAUGUCUUGGGCACUAAUACACCCCCAUACCAUCACACAUGCUGGCUUUUACACUUUGCACCUAUAACAAUCCGGAUGGUUCUUUUCCUCUUUGGUCCGGAGGACACGACGUCCACAGUUUCCAAAAACAAUUUGAAAUGAACAGUUUUCCACUUUGCAUCAGUCCAUUUUAAAUGAGCUCGGGCCCAGGGAAACCGGCAGCGUUUUCGGGUGUUGUUGAUAAAUGGCUUUGGCUUUGCAUAAUAGAGUUUUAACUUGCACUUACAGAUGUAGCGACAAACUGUAGUUACUGACAGUGCUUUUCUGAAGUAUUCCUGAGCCCAUGUGGUGAUAUCCUUUACACACUGAUGUCGCUUUUUGAUGCAGUGCCACCCGAGGGGUCCGUAAUAUCAUCGCUUACGUCAGUUGCAAUGUUGACACAAAGCUGCCAUGCAGGCUGUUUAUUUUUUUCUUUUGUCUUUCUUUAUUUUUUGCCAUUGCUCAAAAAGAAAAUAAUGACAAAAAAAUCCAAGUUAUAAUGAAUUAUUUUCAAGGCUCCAAUUACUUCAAAUAUUUCACUUGAAAAUGUUUUAUGUGGUAAAUAUUGCAUAUAUUGUGUGGUUGCCAUAUAAAAACAUUGUUUUCUUUGACAAAAGUGCAUAAAACAAACAAAAUAAUAGUUCAAACGUAAAAUGGACAGAUAUGUCUGAAGUUGAUCUCGUAAGUUAAGUGUUGAAAGUAAAAAAUUAAAAAAAACUAAUAAAAAUGUAUCACUUUGAGUGGGGCACCUUUUUGGAUCCCAAAUAUAUUUAGUGGUAUUUUAUUUAUCUUUUUACUGUAAUUACUCAAAAAUAUUAAAUAAUUAAAAUCAAUGGUGUCCUGCAUUAUUGAUCUUUUAGGGCUCUAAUUACUAAAUACUGCAUAUUUCAGUUGUACUAUAAAAAAAACAAAGUUGUUUUUGACUGAAAAGCCAUAAAAAAAUGUUUUUUUAAAGUUGAUAUAGAGAUUUACUGUAAGCGUUAAAUAAAAAAUAAUAAUACAAAUUAGACUUAUUUUUAUUUCUCUUCACCUUUUGAUGAUAUUACAGACCGUAGAUGGUGAAAUCCCUGAAUUCCUUGCGAGAGCUCGUUGAGAAAUGUUGUUCUUAAACUGUUGGUUCAUCACAAAGUGGUGACCCUCGCCCCAUCCUUGUUUGUGGAUGACUGAGCAUUCCAUGAAAGCUGCUUGUAUACCCAAUCAUGGCACCCACCUGUUCCCAAUUAGCCUGUUCACCUGUGGGAUGUUCCAAAUAAGUGUUUGAUGAGCAUUCCUCAACUUUCUCAGUCUUUUUUGCCACUUGUGCCAGCUUUUUUGAAACACGUCGCAGGCAUCAAAUUCCAAAUGAGCUAAUAUUGUAAAAAAUAACAAAGCUUACCAGUUCGAACGUUAAAUAUCUCGUCUUUGCAGCCUAUUCAAUUGAAUAUAAGUUGAAAAGGAUUUGCAAAUCAUUGCAUUCUGUUUUUAUUUACCAUUUUCACAACGUGACAACUUCACUGCUUUUGGGUUUUGUAAUAAUUCAGCAGUGCAGAAAUAGCGGAGUGUGUGUAGCAACGCAUGAACCCACCAGACGGAUACGAGCAUCUAAAGACGAGUACAAUUGGAUCACUCCUACGACAGGAAAUAGGUGGUUGUCAGUUUGGCGUCACUGGGAAACAUCUGGUACAAUUCUACCUCCCAUUUUGAACUCUUGUCAGCUUGUACUUUUCCUUGUGCAAAUAGAAGUCCAGCACCGUGCACUGGGCCUCCUCCAAAGGUGGUCCCAGAGUCCCGCCCCACAUGGGAGUAGUCCUGAGGUCUGAGUGAUUGCUGGGUUGGCAGCGGCGAGUCGUGCUUGUUACUUGGGUGAGUCUUCACUUCACACAGGGAACACAUGGGUGAGGUCUGAUGCUCUGGCGUAAAGUAGUGUUUAUCAUGUUUAAUUACACGCGGCUCUCCCCAGUGGCACACUGCUACUGCUGCUAGCAUGCUAAUUAUUGGCCAUUCCAUUUCCCCGGCUACGCGAGAGGCCUCAAAUCAUCGACCUUUUGAAAUGCUCAAAGAUCUGUGAAGCUGAUUUAUUUUUGGACAUAUCUGCAGAGUAUUCACAGCGCUUCACUUUUUCCACAUUUCAUGUUAAAGGCCUACUGAAAUGACGUUUUUUUAAUUUAAACGGGGAUAGCAGAUCCAUUCUAUGUGUCAUACUUGAUCAUUUCGCGAUAUUGCCAUAUUUUUGCUGAAAGGAUUUAGUAGAGAACGACGACGAUAAAGUUUGCAACUUUUGGUCUCUGAUAAAAAAAAAGCCUUGCCUGUACCGGAAGUAGCGUGACGACACAGGUUGAAAGGCUGCUCACAUUUCCCCGUUGUUUACACCAGCAGCGAGAGAGAUUCGGACCGAGAAAGCGAUGAUUACCCCAUUAAUUUGAGCCAGGAUGAAAGAUUCGUGGAUGAGGAACGUGAGAGUGAAGGACUAGAGUGCAGUGCAGGACGCAUCUUUUUUCACUCAGACCGUAACUUAGGUACAAGCUGGCUCAUUGGAUUCCACACUCUCUCCUUUUUUUAUUGUGGAUCACGGACUUGUAUUUUAAACCACCUGGGAUACUAUAUCCUCUUGAAAAUGAGAGUCGAGAACGCAAAAUGGACAUUCACAGUGACUUUUAUCUCCACGACAAUACAUCGGCGAAGCUCUUUAGCUACUGAGCUAACGUGAUAGCAUCUUUACUGCAUAUAGAAACAAAACAAAUAAGUCCCUGACUGGAAGGAUAGACAGAAGAUCAACAAUACUACCAAACUCUGGACAUGUAAAUACACGGUUAAUGCUUUCCAGCUUGGCGAAGCUUAGCAAUGCUGUUGCUAACGACGCCAUUAAAGCUAACUUAGCUACGGAACCUCGACAGAGCUAUGCUAAAAACAUUAGCUCUGCACCUACGCCAGCUCUCAUCUGCUCAUCACGACCCGUGCUCACCUAAGUUCCAGCGAUCGACGGUACGACGAAGGACUUCACCCGAUCACCGUUGCGGUUGGCGGCCCGGAGACGGAGGAAGUCAAGGUGAGGUCGUUCGGCUAGCGCGUCUGCUAUCCUCAAAGUCCUCCUGGUUGUGUUGCUGUAGUCCGCCGCUAAUACACCGAUCGCACCUACAGCUUUCUCCAUUGUUCAUUAAACAAAUUGCAAAAGAUUCACCAACACAGAUGUCCAGAAUACUGUGGAAUUAUGAAAUGAAAACAGAGCUUUUUGUAUUGGAUUCAAUGUGUCCCAAUACUUCCGUAUCAACCGUUGACGUCACGCGCAUACGUCAUCAUACAUAGACGUUUUCAAGCGGAAGUGUGGCGGGAAAUUUAAAAUGUCACUUUGUAAGUUAACCCGGCCGUAUUGGCAUGUGUUGCAAUGUUAAGAUUUCAUCAUUGAUAUAUAAACUAUCAGACUGCGUGGUCGCUAGUAGUGGCUUUCAGUAGGCCUUUAAAGCCUGAAAUAAUUUUGUCCACAACAUUCUACACACCCCAUAAUGAAAAUGUGAAAAAAAUGUUUUAUUUAUUUUGAAAAUGUAUCAAAAAAUCCCAUGCAGAGCCUUUGCUCAAUACUUUGUUGAUGCACCUUUGGCCGCCUUUUUGAAUGCGAUGCCACAAGCUUGGCACACCCAUCUUUGGGCAGUUUCUCUCAUUCCUCUUUACAGCACCUCCCAAGCUCCAUCCAUCAGGUUGGAUGGGAAGCGUUGAUUUUCAUCCAGGAUGUGUCUGUACAUUCAUCUUUCCCUCUAUCCUAUUUACUGUCAGUGGAAACCCAUCCCCACACCAUGAUGCUGCCAGCACCAUGCUUUACUGUAGGGAUGGUAUUGGCCUGGUGAUGAGCGGUGCCUGGUUUCCUUCAAUAAUGAUGCCUGGCAUUCACGCCAAAGACUUCAAUCUUGGACCAUGAGAAACAAAAUGAUAUGGUCUGAUGAGACGUGCAGAAGCAUUACAAAAAAAAUGGCUUCCAUUUGGUCACUGAACCAUCCAGGCCUGAUUGGUAGAUUGCUGCAGAGAUGGUUGUCCUUCCGGAUAGAGGAAUGCUGUAGUUCUGCCAGAGUGACCGUCUGGUUCUUGGUCACCUCCCUGACCAGACUAAGAUGAAUGCAGCAAUGUACAGAGACAUCCUGGAUAAAAAACCAACUCCUCCAAUCCAACCUGAUGGAGCUUGAGAGGUGCUGCAAAGAGGAAUGGGCUAAAAGAUAGGUGUGCCAAGCUUGUGGCAUCGUAUUCGAAAAGACUCGAGGCUGAUAUUGCUGCCAAAGGUGCAUCAACAAAGUAUUGAGCAAAGGCUCUGCAUAUUUAUGUACUUUUUUAGUUGUUUAGUUUGAAUAAGACUGCAAAAUUGAAAAAAAACUAUUCACAUUGUGUGUAUGAUUUUGACGACAAAAAUGAAUUAAAUUAAAGGCCUACUGAAUGAUUUUUAUUUAUUUAAACGGGGAUAGCAGAUCCAUUCUAUGUGUCAUACUUGAUCAUUUCGCGAUAUUGCCAUAUUUUUGCUGAAAGGAUUUAGUAGAGAAAAUCGACGAUAAAGUUCGCAACUUUUGCUGGCUGAUUAAAAAAAAGCCUUGCCUGUAGCGGAAGUAGCGUGACGUCACAGGAGCUAGUAUUCCUCACAAUUCCUCGUUGUUUACAAUGGAGCGAGAGAGAUUCGGACCGAGAAAGUGAUGAUUACCCCAUUAAUUUGAGCGAGGAUGAAAGAUUCGUAGAUGAGGAACGUUACAGUGAAGGACUUGAGAGGCAGUGAUGGACGUAUCUUUUUUCGCUCUGAGCGUAACUUAGGUACAAGCUGGCUCAUUGGAUUCCACACUCUCUCCUUUUU